GACGCGAGCGCGAGCGGGAAAGAGGCGAAAGAGGCGAAAGAGGAGAUAGAGCAGAAAGGGGAGAAAGAGGCGAAAGAGGAGACAGAGGAGACAGAGGGGACAGAGGGGACAGAGGGGACAGAGAUCGUGAGCGGUUCCCACGAGGAGGCAGAGGCCACGAAGACCAUGGCGCGCGCCGGGGACGCUAUGACGAUGACCGUCGCCGCGACUUCCGUGAAGACCCUCGUGGCCGUCGUGAGGAUGGUGACAUGCCUCGGGGUGGUGGUCCUGGUGCUGGUGGUCGACGUGGUCGGCGCGCUGAAAGGGACGGUGGUCCUGGUGCCGGCACACCUGAACGUCGUUCCCCGACCCCACCAGGGGUCAUACCGCUCUCCCAACGCAGGAGGAAGGCUAGUGGGUGGGAUGUACACGCGCCCGGCUAUGAGCAGUAUAGCGCUAUGCAAGCAAAGCAAACAGGUCUAUUCAAUCUUCCAGGCGCUAAUCGUACUCAGAUUCCGCCCAUCUUGAGCGUGCCAGGUCUUCCCCCACCUAUGCCCGUCCAAACAUUCGGCAUGGGCAUGGGUGUCAAUCCGAACCUUUCGCGUCAAUCUCGCAGACUCUAUAUCGGUAGCAUCACAUCGGACAUCAAUGAACAGAACCUUGCCGACUUCUUCAAUAACAAGAUGAUUGAGAUGAACAUCGGCACAGGCGCACCUGGCAACCCUGUCCUUGCCGUGCAGUGCAAUUACGAAAAGAACUACGCUUUCGUCGAGUUCCGGAGUGCGGAAGACGCGACCGCAGCUAUGGCUUUUGAUGGCAUCAUCUUUCUCAACGGUCCUCUCAAAAUUCGUAGGCCGAAGGAUUAUGGCGGUAUCGAUAUGUCUGCACCGGCCUAUAUAGUGCCUGGCGUCGUCUCCACGAAUGUGCCGGAUUCUGCGAACAAAAUAUUUGUGGGCGGGCUGCCGUCAUAUUUGAAUGAGGAGCAGGUUAUGGAACUUUUGAAGAGCUUCGGCGAAUUGAGGGCGUUUAACCUGGUUCGCGAGAACGGAAAUGGUGCUUCCAAGGGAUUCGCCUUCUUCGAAUACAAUGAUCCUAGCGUAACUGACGUCGCGAUACAGUCUCUGAGCGGUAUGGAGCUCGGCGACCGCUACCUUGUUGUACAGCGAGCAUCUGUCGGCGCGAAAGCAGGGCAACCGGGCAUACCUAAUCUGCCGUACGACCAGUUCCCCGAGAUUCCUCGACCUAUUCUCCCUGCGGGCGACUUAUCCACAAGUGAUGCGCGCAUCUUGUUGAUGUUGAACAUGGUAACACCUGACGAUCUGGUCGACGACCAGGAGUAUGCCGAUAUCUUGGACGACAUUCGUGAAGAGGUCGGGAACUACGGUACCGUGGAGGACGUGCGCAUCCCAAGGCCCGGAGCCGGGAUAGGUGACGCGCAAAGGGCAGACGAAGCAUCAGGUGUCGGCAGGGUUUACGUGAAGUACACGGACUCGAACGGGGCUGCUGCUGCCAUGAAGGCGUUGGCUGGCAGAGCGUUUGCAGGAAGGUCGAUCAUUGCGACAGUGCUCAGCGAGGACAGUCAGACCACGCCUCCCCUGGAGUUGAUUUUCGCGCCUCAGCCGCACGCUCCGCCACCGUUGCCUCAGUCGUGAAUGAUGGGCAACAUGCUGGUGGGAGGGUGCAAAUAAUCGUUUGGCUGUCCAGGGUGUGCUUUUGCGAGUGGUCUUGUACAUAAAAUGCUCGCGCCGUGCUUAAAAUGUUUGUCAUCUUGUGUAUCCUCGCAGGUGUAUUGAUCUAUUCGUUUACGGG